GCGCGCGUGUGUGUGUGUUUCCGCGUGUCCGCUCGGCGUGUUGACAUUGGGAGAAGACAAGCGUGCGUGUGUGCGCGGCGGGACCCGAGUGCGGACAAGGUGAGCGAGCGAGCAAACAACGAACUGGCCGCGGGGCUCACGGCUGUGUGCGUGUGCAUGAAGACAGUGCGUGGCUGUGUGCGGGCGCACUCCUGCUCCGUUUUCCUCGGUCGUGUACAACAACAAAACUGCCAUUGACGGCGACCAUUCUGCGAACGGUCGUGCGAGGAGGAAUUGAAAACUUGGCGAAUUUCGAAAACUGGCCGAGUCGAAGUCGAAGAGUGGAGGAGCACAAAGAAGAAAGACCGAAGGAGGAGACAAGGCAAAGACAGUCAAGUGAAGGAAGAGCGAUUUUUUCGGAGAGACAAGACAAGACGACAGCGCGACUGGCUCGGUGAAUUGCAGUGAAAAAAGGUGAAAACAAAUGUGCAAGCGUGAAACGGGCGUCGAAACGUGCAGCCCGAGGAAAAGUGAGUUUUGCGCUAGGGUCUGAACGUCGGGAACGGCGCGGCGGCUCAGCGAACACGGCCAUCGACGGUGAGACAACGACGCGAGGACAACGGCAACUGGGCCUGAAUCGCAACGGAAUCGCGACCUGUGCCCGCGGCAGUAGACGGAACAGGACCCGGGUCGGCGGCCGACCCGCUGUUGCGAACAAAGCGUGCGGGAAGUGCAUUGCGUGCACCGCCCGCAACUUGGCUACCGAGCGACAACUGCGGACUUGUGGAAACGGCUCGGCGACGGCAGCCAGCCACCCUUCCUCGUCUCGACCUGCACCCUCUCACCGUCACCGCAACGUGUAAAUCAAUGUGUUGCUGGAAAUGAUUGAUAAAAAGGAGGUCGUCUCAUGGUUUAAGGAGCUGGAAAGUUACAAAAGGAUCGAUGCCAUGUACACACUGAUCGGGAUGUGUCUGCCGUUCGAGCUGCGCUUCCUCGGCUCCGUGCUGGAGGAGCUGGGGCGCCGCGACUCGCAGGAGCUCCGCGGCAUCGAGCUGCGGGUGAACAACCCCCAGGAACUGGCAGCGGACAUCGCCAGUUGCCAGAACGGUGAGCCCACGGACAAGAAGAUCCGCCGGAAGAUGGCCAUCUACCUGGCGCUGAUCAGGGCCUGCAGCCGGUCGUGUGUGAACGAACUGUUCAAGACCCUGGAGGGCUGGGGCGAUAUGGACUUUGUCAAGUUCGGCGAUGUCGAGAACACGCUGGAGGAGCUGUUGCUUGUGUACACGAUGGCCUCGUUGCACCCGGUGUUCUCGUACGAUCAGCGCAAUAAGUGCGCGGACAUUCUGGCGAAGAUUGAGGACUCACAGAAGCUGCUGCACAGCUCGCAGCAGCAUCAGCAACAACAACACCAUCCGCACCAACAGCAGACGCAGACUGUGCAACACGAACAACAGCACGGGACGGCGGUGGCGAACGCGGCUGCUGCAUCGCCUAUGGUUCAGGGUCAUAUGGUGGCGGGACACCAACACAUGCACGCCCAAAUGCAGGUCCUGCCCAGCUAUCACUAUGCCGUGCAGCAGCCGCCAAUCCCUCAGAUGAUCCACACAGAUUCAUCAGUAUCACAUCAAAUUCCGGCAGAUAUUCCAUUUCACCCAACAUUGGGCAUUCCUACAGAAUACACAGUUGGAGCGCCACCGCCCCCCAUCUGGACAAUACGGCCUGGCAUUCAAUCAUACACGCCGCAGCAGCCACCCUCGAUAGAUUUAUGCUAUGUUUUGCAGCCACAUCCGCCACAAUCGCCGUCUCCAAUGUUAAGCCAGCAAUCGUCCCCGUCACAUAGUCGAACAGCUAGCCCGAGCCGAUCGAGCGGCGGAGGCGGCGGCAAUACGAUCAUGCAACAGCAACAAACGCAACAGCAACAACACAAUCGCAAUUCACAGCAACAGCAACAGCAGCAGCAACAAUCGCAACGGAAUAAUACUCUAAGAAAUAGCCGCCGUCCAUCUGUGGAGACAACGCCACCCCCGACCAUGCAACAGCAAGCGCAUCAGCUGCCGCCUAGUCAACUUAUAAUUCCAAGCGACAUGAUACCGCCCUACAUAAAGAACUUGGAUGAUAUUUACAAUCCGGACGGUACAUUAGCCCUACAAUGUCGUAAUGGUUACACAAGAUCCGGCCAUCACACUAUCCCACGUCAAUCAAAAUCAUCUCAUCAUAAUCAACAGCAGCAGCAACAUCAUAAUCAGCACCUACCGAAUAUGACAAGUCUUAUAGGUAUCGGCAGUGGUUUAGUGGGUGGUGGCGGUGGCGUAAUAUCGCCGUCGCCACUCCAACAGUCGGGCGGUACGACAACUGGAAGUUUCAAUGCAAUGAACGCGGCAAAUCUGACGUAUCAACUGCAUAAUAUGGGUUUGAGCGAUAAUCCAGCGGCAACGGCCGCAAUUCUAGAGAAUAAUAUAGUAAUUAGUAGUACUAAUAGUAAUAGUAGUAGCAAUAGACAUCAUAACAAAAGUGGUGAAAGUGAUUCGGGCAACUCGAUAGGUUCGUCGGUCGGUGAGAUCUCCCCGCCUGAUACGCCAGCAGCACUGUCAUCAGUAGUAGUCAAUAAUAGUAAUAUGAGUAGUAAUAGUAGUCUUAGGAUAAAUGAUCAAAAUAAUUUUAGUAAACACAAUUUGAAUAUGACACGUUUGAACGGUCGACCCGAUAAACUACUGGCGGGUAGCGGGGUUGGUUUGGUUGAUGCAGGUGUGAUAAGUAGUAGCAUUGGCGGAGGCGGCGGGGGCGGGACGACGGUCCUCUACGCUCACGCGCCCAACAGCUCGCAACAGCAGCAAUUCAUUGGGAACGAACUAAUUUUAGCAACCGGGCCUAAUCUAAUGCCAUCGCCGAUCGCAAAUAAUAAUAACAAUAGUAAUUUAAGUUCAACGGGAAACAGUGGGAGUUGUAGCAACAACAAUUUAGUCACAAGUACACAAGUAAUGUUAACAACGCCGACGGCGGGUAGUGGCGUGGUAAGUAACGUAAUCACUACAAAUCCAGUAAUACUACAACAUCAACAACAAUUUAGCGCUACAUAUCCCUAUCCCGCGCAACACUUACCUACAACAAGACCACCGAUAUUGCCGCACAACACGGCAGCACCGGCGGCGGGUAUUCCCCCACCUCCGCUUCCCUACCGGCAUCCCGGUUUUCAAAUUCCAAACGGUGAGCCACCCACUGCAGUCUACCAAUAUCCCGCCCAGGUGGCUGGUGGAGCAGGGUUCCUUUUAGGCGGUGCGGCGACUCAGCCGCCAAGCGGUGUCAUGCGAUCGUCACAACCAUCACAGUCUCAGUCACAAGCCGCUUCGCAGCAACAACAGCAACAGUCACAGCAACCACUGCCGCCUCAAGGAGCACCCCAGCAGCCCUCAAUACAGCCCGUGGCACCUAGUACCCUUCUGGCGGCUAACACAUCACCUUAUACGACUCUGACAGUGGGAACGGCUAAGGUAAUGUCGUGCUUCAAUUGUGGCUCGCAAACGCACACGGGACGAGAUUGUCAGGAGGCGUCAAUGGAGGAUGUGACCCGUUCAAUAUACAAAUUAGACUAUUCCCAAUCGAUUUCACCGACAACGCCUGGCGCUAGUCAUGCCGGUGGCGGUGGAGUGACGAGCAAUAGUAGUAACAGUAGUAGCAGCAGUAGUAGUAGUAGCGGGGGUGGUGGUUCAGGAUCCGGUAGUGGUGUUUCAACGGCCGAAAUUGCAACUGAAACAUCAUCACCCACGUCAUCGUCAUCAUCAUUGUCUAAUAGUAACAUUAAGUGAUUAAUUGUAAUUCAUGUUUUUAGGACUUAAUAAAUUUAUACAUAAUUAUGAUAACGACUAUAUUAUAAAAUCUAUUUAAAACACAGACACAAUUUCAAGUCAAAAUCAAAAAGAGCAAAAAAAUAUGAGAAAAAACAUUUAACUUUUAUUAUAUCCUUUUUUUCUUCAAUUAAUUCCUUUGUGUAAGCAAACAAGCAAAAAGAGAUCAGACAAAAAGUAGAAAAUAUAAAAUCAAACACGAAAUUUUUCUGUUGUGCCAUUUGUAAGCGAAGAAAGAAAACUGAAUUAACGAAUACACGUAGUUAAAUAUGAAGAGGGAAUUAUUGUUUCGGGACGGCGUAAGUCCACAUGGAGAGAGGUGGAGAAAACACCAGAUUAAAUUGGUAGAUUUAGUGGGAAUUUGAUUUGAUUACAAAAUUCUCGAAUUUAGAUUUUAUAUGUGCUUUUAGAGACUUUUAAAAUGUAUCUAUGUGUCCAGAGAA